UCGAAGACGACCAGUGGCGAGACUAAAGAUUCCAAUUUCCUUGCGAUUUCUCCUUCGCUCGCCUCACCAUGUGUAUAAGAGAGCGGAGGGCGCCUUGCGACUCCGCCAUUUCCAUCUCUUCGGCGUGCAAGCUACAAUGGCGUCCAGCAAGCGGCCACUGUCGGAGGGCGGCGACAUCGGAGAGGGUUCGGGGAGACUGAAGCGAUCCCGGUCCUUAUUCACAGGCAGAGAUGCCAAUUGCCCGCGGAUCAGCCUCCCUGUUUUGACGCGAGAGGAUUUGCUUCCUCGCAGAGCGAUGCAAGAAGUAAGGCCCCUACUCACUGAUUCUGCACCUCCAGUUCCCAGAUAUCAGCUGCGGUUCCAGAAUUGCUUGCCACCCUGUGUUUACACAUGCCACGAAAUAAUGGCAAAGGAUAAGGAUCCUCUUCAGAUUUCACUGGUGGAUACUGCCACAGGGGACUGUGUUGCUUCUGGUCCCCUGUCUUCAGAGAAUAUAAUGGUUCUGGUUCUCGAUGGUCAUUUUUGUGGUACUAAACAAAAAGACAAGAAAGAGUUCGAGAAUCAUAUUGUCCAUCAAAGAGUUGAUAAAGGGCCACUGCUUAAGGGCAAGCUGGUAAUUCAGCUGACAGGUGGUGUUGGGUAUCUUCAGGAUAUCAGUUUUACAGAUAACUCCUCUCGGAGACCAAGCAAGAAGUUUAGGCUAGCUGUUUGUUGUGAAACUGAAGGAAUUGAAGAAGGAAUAAGCAAUCCGUUCCGGGUAAAAGAGCAUCGUAGUUAUCUGAAUGAGAAGCAUCAUCCUCCAAAAUUAACUGAUCAAGUCUGGAACCUUGUAAACAUUCGGAAAGAUGGUGUAUAUCACCGAAGACUAACAGCUGCUGGAAUCCUUAAUGUGCAACAAUUUUUACAAGCUCUUUCUGUUGAUCCUGAGAAUCUGCGCAGGUUACUUCAGAAUGGCAGCUUACCCAAGAGAAGAAUUCCAGACAAGGAAUGGGAAGCAAUUAUUACAAAUGCUCAGGAAUGUUUUCCAGGCGAUCAGCUUUAUUCUUAUGAUGUUGGGCAGGAUAGCACUCUCAUUUUCAACUCUGUAUAUCUGCUCCUUGGAGCAAAAGUUAAUGGCCGGUAUCAUGAUAUCAAGAACCUCAAUGCAACUGACAAGGCUUUUCUCAAGAAGUUGCAAAGACAAGCGUUUGAAUAUCAAGAGAGCAUUAAGUUAGAUGAUAUGUGUAUUCAAGAAUUUAGUGACUUGGUCACAGCAUCAAUCUCACUAAGUGUGCCAUGCCCACAAUGUUCAGUUGAAGCAUCUAGGCAAGUGAAGUUAUUUGAGUCUUUUGCACCACCAUACAGCCAGCUUGGACAUACUAAUCAGGAGGAUACAUCAGAACAAUUUCAUCCUCUUACAAUACCACCAACCCACGCUGCAUUUCCAGGACAAAACUUAGAGGAACUAGGAAGUUCAUGCUUUUCAGAUUAUGUUCAGCCAGAAGUCGAUAGCAGCAUGCCAGAUAUUUACAUACCAGAUGUGUUUCAGCUCGAAGAUUUGAUGGAUGACCAGUCUGAAAUCAACAAUCACCCUGGUUUCUUCGCUGUCAGUAGUGAACAUGGGUAUCCAAGGCGUUUAUCUUUUAGUAGCCUGAGUGAUAAUGAGAUCGAUGAAUUUUUAAGGGAACUUGAACAGUCUGAUCCAAUCGUGAGAUCUACCAGAAAGUGGGUCAAGCUCCUCGCCGUUCUCAAGUGGGGACUUUUUGCCUACAUUUCUGCUAGAAAGUUGGGUAAUACAUCUGAUCAUCCGAUUAUUCCAACCAUGGAUAACCGAAGAACAAUUAUGUAGGGAGCAGACUUCAAACCCAAAUUGGAGACUCUAGGAGAAUCCUUUGGGCCUUCCCUAAGAUGAAUGAUGAUGACAUUUGCAGCUUAAAGAUUGUACUGUUAUAUGUGUAGAUUUUUCUGUAUACAGUAAAUAUGUAUAUAUAUGAAUUGACUAAUGAUGAUCCAAGGACAUUCUCUAGCUUGAACAAAAUACUAAAUGAAUAGAGAAUUUAUGCACCAACAGUUAUCUGAUACAGUGGUGAGUGAACUAGCUGGAGGGCUUCUAGCCAAAGAUUUAAUUUUGUUGUUUCUGCUCGGAAUAGGGAAUAAAUAGUUUGAUAUUUAAUAUAGUGUGAGGACCUUAAAGCGUUUUUCCUACAUGCGAGAAUGAUAUUUCUUUAAUUACAAACAUUGACUUCCAUAAUAACAAUGCUUAUGAUAACUUGUCUGUUGAACCCUUUUUGUUGCUUUUCUU